AUGGUUGUCACAAGUUCAGUCAUUAUUAUUGGGGAGAAACCUGUUGAAAUAAUAGGAUAUUGGCAAAAGGUACUGUCCUCAAAUGAUGAAAUUACAACAAGCCUUGAACAAACUUCUGGUAUUGAUAAAUCAAAGACUACAGAGAAUGAAAUAAGUGCUUCAAUAACAGCUGGAUUUGAGCUUGGUGGCGAUAUUUAUGGUUAUAAAGCUUCAGUUAGUGCUACUGCAGGUACUGCAGUAAAAGACACUGUGUCUUAAACUUUGAGUAGUUCCAAUACUCGUACUAUUGAAGCUAAAUGCACUAACCCAGAUAAAGUAAAAAUGACUCUUUGGUAAUGGAGCAUGACUGGAAAGAAAAACGGAGAGCUAGUAAUGGAUUUAACUGAAAACGAAUUUAUUUGCAAGAAAGGAAGUAAGCCCCCAAAAUGUCCAGUUGGAUUUUGCAAUGAUAAUGAUCCCUAAUGCGAAACAUGCAUCCCAGGAACAUUUAAUUGA